UUAGUGACCCACAGACACUCCUGCAGCCAGGACAAGGAGUAAUAAUACCACACUGUCUGUACAAACUUGACUUAAUAUAUUUAGAGAAUAAUUCGCCUUAAAUAAGCCUUAUUUUUUUCCUUAAAAAACAACAUUUUUACCACUCGGGAACCGGGUACUCUUUCAAUAGAAAUAUCGUUCUGAUGAUUUUUCACUCAUGAGCGGCUGUCACAAUAUAACUAGCUAGAUAGCCUGUUGUGAAAACUAUCAUUCAAAGUAUAUUUUGCUGUUUUUUUCCGUCGCUGUGGGGAAUUUAAUCCAAAACCCAUGGUGCUGUGAUAUACACUGUCUUACUGGAACUGUAGGGAUAGUGGACAGACGCCACACUCUGUGAUGGAUAAUGCUCAUACUAAGACGGUGGAGGAGGUUUUGGGCUUCUUCAGUGUAAAUGAGUCUACAGGUCUGAGCUGUGAGCAGCUGAAGAAGAACAGGGAGAGAUGGGGACCCAACGAAUUGCCAGCAGAAGAAGGGAAGUCACUCUGGGAGCUGGUCCUGGAACAGUUUGAGGAUCUGCUGGUGCGAAUCUUGCUGCUGGCUGCGUGCAUCUCCUUUACCCUGGCUUGGUUUGAAGAAGGGGAGGGGACAAUCACAGCCUUUGUUGAACCCUUCGUCAUCCUCCUCAUUCUCAUCGCCAAUGCUAUUGUAGGAGUAUGGCAGGAGCGUAAUGCAGAGAAUGCCAUUGAGGCUCUGAAGGAGUACGAGCCAGAGAUGGGCAAGGUGUACCGACAGGACAAGAAGAGCGUCCAGAGAGUCAGAGCCCGAGACAUCGUUCCUGGAGACAUUGUGGAAGUCGCAGUUGGUGAUAAGGUCCCAGCUGACAUCAGGCUGACGUCCAUCCGUUCCACCACUCUGAGGGUGGACCAGUCCAUUCUGACGGGGGAGUCUGUGUCGGUGCUCAAACACACAGACCCUGUACCAGACCCCCGUGCUGUCAACCAGGACAAGAAGAACAUGCUCUUCUCUGGCACCAACAUUGCAGCGGGCCGUGCCAUUGGCGUUGUGGUGGCGACGGGGGUGCAAACAGAGAUUGGGAAAAUCCGAGAUGAGAUGGCCUCAACUGACCCUGAACGGACCCCACUACAACAGAAACUAGACCAGUUUGGAGAACAGCUGUCUAAGGUCAUCAGUGUGAUCUGUGUGGCAGUGUGGGCCAUCAAUGUGGGACACUUUAACGAUCCGGUCCAUGGAGGCAGCUGGCUGAGAGGAGCUGUGUACUAUUUCAAGAUCGCUGUCGCACUGGCUGUAGCUGCCAUACCAGAAGGCCUCCCAGCAGUCAUCACUACCUGCCUGGCACUGGGCACCAGGAGGAUGGCCAGGAAGAACGCCAUCGUCCGCAGCCUGCCAUCAGUGGAGACGUUGGGUUGCACUUCGGUUAUCUGCUCUGACAAGACAGGAACACUGACCACCAACCAGAUGUCAGUCUGCAGGAUGUUUGUAGUAGACAGUGUGUCGGGGGAGCGCUGCAGCCUGAGCGAGUUUUCAGUGACUGGAUCUACUUACGCCCCUGAAGGGGAAGUUUAUAAGGAUGGCUCAGUGGUGAAGUCCAGUCAGUACGAAGGCCUGGUGGAGAUGGCCACCAUCUGUGCACUGUGCAAUGACUCAUCACUGGACUACAAUGAGGCAAAGGGUGUGUAUGAGAAGGUUGGGGAGGCAACAGAGACCGCCCUCUGCUGUCUGGUGGAGAAAAUGAACGUGUUCGACACCGACCUGAGAGGACUGAGCCCUGCUGAGAGAGCUACAGCGUGCUGCUCUGUGAUUAAGCAGCUGAUGAGGAAGGAGCUGACGCUGGAGUUUUCCAGAGACAGGAAGUCCAUGUCUGUCUUCUGCUCAUCCAAUAAACUUACCAGGUCGGCUUCUGGAGCCAAGAUGUUUGUCAAGGGAGCUCCAGAGAGCGUGUUGGAGCGCUGUAAUUAUAUCAGGGUUAGCGGUUCGGCUCGUGUGCCUUUGAGCCCGGCGGUACGAGAGCAGCUCCUGUCCACUGUGCGGGAAUGGGGAUCAGGUCGGGACACGCUACGUUGCCUCGCCAUGGCAACCAGGGACAAUCCCCCUGAUAUCCACUGCCUCAACCUGGAGAACACAGCUGCCUUUGCUGACUAUGAGUCGGACCUGACCUUUGUGGGCUGUGUGGGCAUGUUGGACCCCCCCAGGAAAGAGGUGCUUUGCGCCGUCAGAAUGUGUCGGCAGGCUGGCAUAAGGGUCAUCAUGAUCACAGGUGACAACAAAGGGACAGCCCUGUCUAUCUGCCGGAGGGUGGGCAUCAUCACGGAGCAGGAAGAGGAGCAAGAGGGCGCUGGGGUCAUCGGUGGCCUGACGGGGCGGGAGUUUGAUGAGUUGCCCCCUCACCUGCAGCGUCAGGCCUGCAGGACGGCACGGUGCUUCGCCCGGGUGGAACCAGCACACAAGAGUCGUAUAGUGGAGUACCUUCAGAGCCUGAGUGACAUCACUGCCAUGACAGGUGAUGGGGUGAACGACGCACCUGCAUUGAAGAAGGCGGAGAUUGGCAUUGCUAUGGGCAGCGGCACAGCGGUUGCUAAGUCAGCCUCUGAGAUGAUCCUGGCCGAUGACAACUUCUCUACCAUCGUGGCUGCGGUGGAGGAGGGCCGAGCCAUUUACAACAACAUGAAACAGUUUAUCAGAUACCUGAUAUCCUCCAACAUAGGAGAGGUGGUCUGUAUUUUCCUGACGGCUGCACUUGGCAUGCCUGAAGCGCUGAUCCCUGUCCAGCUGCUAUGGGUCAACCUUGUCACAGACGGUUUCCCGGCAACAGCUCUGGGCUUCAACCCUCCAGACCUGGACAUCAUGUCCCGCCCUCCCCGUUCCCCCAAGGAGCCUCUGAUCUCCAGCUGGUUGUUCUGUCGCUACCUCAUCAUCGGAUGUUAUGUGGGAGCUGCAACUGUCGGCGCUGCUGCCUGGUGGUUCAUGGCAGCCCACGACGGACCAAAACUUUCCUUCUAUCAACUGUCCCACUACCUGCAGUGCAGUGAGGGACACAUUGAGUUUGCCGGCGUGCAGUGUUCAGUCUUUGAGUCUCCGUAUCCCAUGACUAUGGCCCUGUCUGUCCUGGUUACCAUAGAGAUGUGCAACGCCUUGAACAGUCUUUCGGAGAACCAGUCCCUGCUGAAAAUGCCUCCCUGGUCAAACCCCUGGCUGGUGGGUGCCAUCUGUCUGUCCAUGGCUCUACACUUCCUCAUUCUAUAUGUAGACCCACUUCCGGUGAUUUUCCAGAUACGCCCUCUGUCUUGGCCUCAGUGGGUGGUGGUGUUGAAGAUGUCACUUCCUGUCAUCUUGAUGGACGAGGCUCUCAAGUUUCUAGCCCGCAACUACAUCGAGCCAGGAAGCCAGAUCCAGUCACUGGAAGAGGAGGAGGAGCUGCGGAGGACGGGGGCUAACACAGGAUUUGUUGGCGCCAUGAUGACGAAGCUGCGCCAGUCGCUGAAGGGCGUGUCCUGGUCGUUCGUCCUGAUCUCUGCACCGCUAGUGAUCUGGAUCUUCAGCCUGGACUCUGACAUCACCAACAUCUUCUGGGAGUGAUGGCGGACAGAGAGGACGGGUGGACUGUGGGGGAAAGAAGAAAGGGAAAAUGUAAAGAAGGACUGUUGGAAUGAAACGCAGAGGAUUGGGUGUGUAAGGGUGAGGCGAUGUAAGAGCGUAACAAGCAAAGAUGAUAAAUACUUUGCUGAGAUACAAGAACAUAAGGGAUAAAGAGCGACAUAUUUAACCAACAGACAAUCAGGAAACAGUAAGAAAGAAAUACCAUCUCUUCCUCGAUGCUAAAAGGUGCUAUGUGUAGCAUUUCAUUUGCAUCCCAUAGCUCACUGAGGCUGUUCUUCUAUGAGCUGGCUGUUGUUCAGCUUGUCUGUCCAACACUUUGACCCUGAGUGAAACAUGAUCUCAAAAGUUACAGUUUAAUGCUAACAUAGCAUGCUCACCUGCUAACCUUUGCAUUAUAAUGUACUGUAGGUUACAUGAUAAAAAUUAGCAUGUUAGCAUUCUAUGGUAUGUUUCUUUUAGACAAGGAAUACGCGAUGUAAAGUACAGUGUAGAUCAUCACUGGUUCCCAACAGUUUUGGCUCGUCACCUCUCAGAUUGUUUCACCUCGGUUGCACCAGCUGUUCAUAAAACUUUCCCUAAGUUUGUGUGUAACCUUCUCAGUAACUGCUAGCUAUCUUCAAACCAGUAAUUUACUAAAUCAGAAUGCACAAAUAAAACUUAGGAAAUGUCUUAGGUAAUAAAGACUUUAGGCCCUGUCUAUGCGUCUACAGAUAGUUUUAAAAAUGGGAAAUUUCCCCCUUUAUUUUACAAAAUAUCUCUGUACCCACUAAAACUCCAAACGCUCGCAUGUGUUUGUGAACUUUUGCUACCUAGACGAGAUGUGAACAAGCGAGUGCGCUGACAUCAGAUUGUUCCAGUAUUUCCCAAUGAAGAUAUCCUCACCUGCUCCAUGCAUCAGCGAACAGGCUAAGCGACAUGUCAGUGUUUGAAAAAGCGCUCGCCUUGGCUCUAUUUUAAUGAAGCUACCUCCAACAGAUUUUUAGAUCAACAACAACAACCUGUUGCUUAGGCUCACUAAGGGCUGAAUUUUGUGGUCGCUUGUAUAUCUGGACACUUUUUCACACUCCAUCUGCCAAAAUUUGCUCGCUGCAUGCUAGGAAAAGAUAUUCCACAGUCUCCCCUUGUCGCAAAGGUAGUACAGUGUACAGGCUAAUGUUACCUUUUUCAAAGCACUGUUGAUUCCACUUCAAUAUAAGGACGAAGGAGCUGACUCAAAGAUUCAAGUGAUGCUCUGGAUAUGCAAAAGUUUUCCUUACACUUGACAGCAAUCCCACUCUUAAAGUUGUACCAACUGCUGCUGGUUCGACCGGUCCAGAUUAGCCAAAAGUGUAGCACUAACAAGUUUAAGCGUAAAGUGUCAUUAUUAGAUCAAGUUGUGCUAACCAAACAUAAGCAAACCUGUAGUCCACUGUUGUUAUUGUUUUAGGUACCGUACUUAUUACAACAAUGAAGGAACUGAGCACAGGAAGUCAUCGUUUCUUAAAUACUCCAUUUUACAUGUGGCCAGACCAAAGUGACCAGAGUUUUGAAAAAUAUAAGGCUUAGAAAACGUCUUUAGAAAUCUUUAUUUUCGUGACCUAAAGAUCCAUUGGCAUGUAGAGGAGAGGCCAAAACACAGAGGAAUUAUCAGUUUCCCAAAAUAUCUGUAUACGUGUAGACAGGGCUUUUGUAAUGUGUGAAUCUUUUGCUAGGAAACAUCUUUACCACUGUCAGAUAUGUUGACUAUGUCCAUCCACAUGAUGGUGUGGCCUCAAAAGACUUUUUGCCGUAGACUUACAUGGCAAAAGAAACAUCUGUUAAUCAGUAGAUACAUUUUUUGAGCAUUAAAACCAUUGCAGAAUGACUCAUUUUAGCAACAGAACUUGAUCCAUUCAGUCCAGUAACAUUUUGAUUGACUACAAGAGCCGCAUGACUGAAUUAUUUUAUCAAGUUGGCGGAGCGGUAAACUUGAAGUUGCCGGCUUAGCCUGUGCAAGUCUCUAGUGUGCCUGCUUUAUGGGCUGCACAGUGCAUCAUUCGGGUAAUUUUAUACACAGCAGUUGAACUUUUUUGGCUUCGAUGCGCUACUGAGCAACUUUCAUCGAAAUGAACGGGGCCCCGCCUCUGAUCUGUGUCCAGUUCUCUCUUUAUUUAGUGAUGCAUUGAUCUCCACUUGGUGAAACUUCUGUAACAACAAGGCUGACGUUAAACUUUGGGAGAGCUGGUGCAAGCAGCUCCUGAAGAUGUGAAAGUAAACACGUCUUCAAAGUAAAAAGGCAAAGAUCAGAAAGUCAGAAAAUUAAUUUGUGUUGCAGAAAUAUUUCUCUUUUACUUUUUUCUCUCUGUCUUGUGAAUGACUCCUUUGUGGUCCCGACCUCCAUGUCGGAAACCUCUGAUGAGGAUGUUUAAUGAGUUCAGAGUAAUUCUAACAGCAUGUUGAUGAUUUAUUGCUGGUUAAAUGCUACAUAUAGCACCUUUUAGAUGAAAAUGUCUUGUUGGAAAGUGAGUGGUCUUGAAUCAAACACACACGUACAUACACACAUACAUACAUACAUACAUACAUACAUACAUACACACACCAGCUUUACGUCCACACUGUAAUUCACCAGUAAUAAUCUGUGGUCAGUGACAGGCGAUGAGGCCAGACGACUAGAUGUACAAUAUAUUCCCGCGACUGGCCACUGCAACAGUCUUUUUUCUGCGAUGCAAAAAUAUCCAGCCACAAUAUUGUUAGAACCUCUUUGUAGAUACUGUACAUGAGACUAAAAUAAGCAUUUAACCUGUGAAGGAAGACUGUUAGCAGACCAUUACAGGAUGCAUGUCAACGCACGUCACACAUUUCUAACACUCUUUAAAGCAGAAGUGUCUGUACUGUGAAAGAAACACAUCAUGUCCUGCCGAGUCUGGGCUUAAAAUGGGGCAUCAUGGGUGUCCACAGGCUGUAGAAGGGUUCACAUGUUGGAGUACAGUUCAUCAUCGCAUUUAAAGGCCAGUCGUUCUGAUAGAUCUGCAGUUCAGUAUCCUCCUUUGUCUUUUCUGUUGAUUGUUACUGACACUAAAAAGCUCAGAAAGUCUUAAAUGUAACUUGACUUGACGUCCUGAGGCUUCACAGACGGACUGAAGCUGACUUUAAGCCUUCACACCAGGAGAAAUGUUGAUGAUAUUAUUUAUAUUCAUGUUUAAACACAGUAGAGGUUGUUCUGUGCUUCCAUGUCCGGUCAGCAUUCCAAUGAUGCGGCUGCUACAUGUGUGUAAGCUAAAUGGAUUAAUAUUAUGUUAGGGCUUUGAUUGUACUGUGUUUAUUACACCGGUCCUGCUCAGUACACAGCAACACUUCUCUUUUAGUUAUUUACUCCUGUUUACCACAGAAUCUGCCUCUGUGUUAGUGUACUUCAGAUGCAGGAUUUCAAUUUGGCGACCGACGCUUUUAGCAGAGCCGUAGAUUCCUAAUGAGUCACACAGUAGGCCUGACAGUGAGUCAGUGUUUCACUUAAAUGUGUUUUUAUGUGCGAGUUGGUGACCUGUUUGCCAUUUUCUCCAGCGAUGCCAUUGUGACAUCUCACUCUGUUUGCCAUUGAAGGGAUUUUUGAACAAAGCGUUUUUGAUUUAUGUAGUUACAAUGACUUUUGUUGUGUAUCACAUUCAGCCACGAUGACGAAACAUAGGGCCGCUGUUAGACAGAGGUGUGGACUCAACGCACAAAUUUUAUGACUUUAGACUCAACAAAGUGAGAAAAAAGUGAGAAAAGACUGACCUGACUCGGACUUUGACACCAAUGACUCAUGACUACACUUAGACUCGAGCCUUUUGACUUGAUAAUACGUGUGUUAUUUAAAAAGUGUGCCACGAAUCAGUUCAUGUCCUGUAUCAGCUAACAAUCUUUUUAUUUCUAUUAGACAAAACACAUGCAGCAACAAACAAUAUCAACUAAGAGGAAGAACAGUCUUACAGAAAGUGUCUUACAAAUUUAGGAAGAAAAAGCUACUGACAUUUUUACAAUAUGAGAUGAGUUAAAUUCAACAAGACAGGACAGAAACCUACUAAAUUAAUUCUGUUGUGCACUGGUUAAUCGUGUUGUGUGCUAUUUUUUUAUGGAUAAGUCUGGUCACACUUGUACGGAGCCCCUAAGUCCCAAAAGGUAACAUUUUUGUAAUCUUGCAUUCACAAAAUAAAAAAGUUUCACCUUCCACGACUUCACUGGCUCUGUACACUUGUUUUAAGCAUCUGUGAUUUUUGCAAAUUUAAUAUAUCAUUAAUUUGUUGUUAAAAUGGCAUUAUAUUCAAUAGAGCGCACCAUUACAACUUGUUUAAGACUCAAAACCAAAGUUAAGGACUUGGGGCUCGAGUGCAAAGACUCAAGACUUUCUUGUUACUUGCAAAACAACGACUUGGUCCCACCUCUGCUGUCAGGAAAGAAAAAUCAGAGAUUUAGAGAAUAAAGUCAUCAUGUUCUGAGGUGAUGUCAUAAUUUUACAAGAAAAAAAGUCAUAUUUUUUUAAUAUUAAGUCGUACUUCUGUGAGAAAUAAUGUCAUGACAUUAUGCAAGUAAAGUCACAAUAUGUGCAAAUACUAUUUAUACUCUGCACCGAGCGACAUACAGCGUAUGUAUGUAAACGUAGGACUUCAAUUAUAAUUUUAAUAAACUCAUCUUGUGAAAUCGCAAGUUAUAAAUAUUAUUAUGGUAAUAUUAUGAAUUGUGCUGUUAUUUGUAAUUUAACAUUUCAAAAUUACGACUUUACUCAUAAUACUGUGACUUCAUUCUCAUAUUAUGACCUCAUCUCAUUAAAUUGCAACAUUAUUCAAAAUUAACACUUUAUACCCAUAACAGUAGGCUGUAACAUUUUUUUUGUCUUUCUCAAAAUGAUGCACCUUUAUUCUUAAUGUCUGAUUUGUUUUUCCCCAAAGAAAGUGGCCCUAGCAGUUGGUCGUAUGCUCUAUGUGAUACCAUUUAAUAAAAACAUUAAGCUGUUGCUUUACAAUAGAAAAGCAUUGCAUUGUUAUGGAGGUGUUGGGCUAACUCACCUGUUGUUUCAAUUAUCUGAAUCAAAAAGUUUUUGUUUCUUUGCUGCCCAAAGUUCUGCCUCUUUUUGUUUCUCUGUUUUUUGUUUUGUUGUUGUUAUUUUUGUUUUUGCUCCAUUUCUCACAUAAUAGCUUGAAAACUGCAAAAUAAUGACAAAGAGGGACAUUUGUUGCAAUAUAAUAUUUUGGUUUUGAUACUAGUAAGGCAGAAGAAACACAUGUAGAUGCAAUCAAUAGUGAGUAUUUACUUCAUUAUUUAUUGAUAUUUUUUCUUUAAGGGUGUAUUAUGCCAUGACAAAUCCCUAAUGUACCAAUUUUUGUUUACACUGUUUGUUCUAUAUUAUUAUUAUUAUCAUUAUAAUUAUUAUUUGUUAUAUUAGCUCAUGCCUAUAUCUUGGGAGACGAAUGAGUGGAUGUGAGUUUUUAUUGUUCCAGACUGUCACAAUAAAUGAGAAGUUGUUCUUGACAAACUCACCUGUUAAAAUAAAGGUUGAAUUGAAAAACAUUCUAAUCAGAGAGACCGUUUUCCCUCUCCUUUUUCACUGUUCCCUCAUCACUUAGAAACAUUUCCACUGGUGCUAAUGAAGGAGCACCGUUUUGUAGAUUUUAUUUGUAACUUCUUUCUCGUUCGUUCUACUGUCGGAGGGUUUGUUGUCAUUGAAACGAUGUUACAGGAUGAAAACAACAAUAAAUAAAAUGGACCA